UUAUUUUGAUUAUUUUUUCUAUCGGCUGUUUUAACUUUUUUUUCUUACUUUGAAUACCACCAGCAAACAAAAAACGAUAUGCCAUACUAUCAACCAAAUAAUCCAAAAUCACCAAGCGCAGAAGAAUUGAAUGAAAAAUGCAAACAAAUCGAACAGAGUAUAUCGGCAGCUGAAACAUUGAAAGGUGAUAAUAAUUUUCUUAAUUAUAUUAUCCGUAAAGAACAGGUUCUAUUUUCGGGUAUUUAUUCACAAAUAUUUGCCUGUCAUAAUCAUCAGGAACCAGAUUCUACAUUGAUUUGUCGAAUGUUUCAAACAAAUGCUAAUAUUGAUCCAUUAAAUGAUGUAUUUUUGAAAAUUUUACGUUUUAUCGGUCGUAAAUCACAAAAUAUUGUUGGAACAUAUGAUAUUUUCUAUGAUCAAACUAGACGAAUAUAUUUGUUUCAAGAACUAGCAAAUCGUGGUAAUGUUCUUGAAUAUUUAAAAGCCGGUACAUUUGUCGAACCAACACAGGCUAUUAAAUGGGCAUUUUCAAUAUGGGAAGCAAUGGAUUUUUUGGGCAGUAUUGGUGUUGCUCAUCGUAGUAUACGACCAAAACAUAUUAUGCUUAAAACAAAUCCAUUGAGCGGUACAAUGAUUGCUAAAUUGGGCAGUUUUCGUGAUUCAAUUAUUUAUUGGAAUCGUGAAACCGGAUCGGUUGUUACUGUUAAAAAAUCUCCUUGGAGUGAAAUUAAAUUUGCAAAUUUUCAAGCACCGGAAAGUUUUUCCAAAGAUGAUGGCGGAGCAUUCGAUCCAAUAUCGGCUGAUGUUUGGUCAUUUGGUGCAACAUUUUUCUACAUAAUUGCCCGAUUAUAUCCAUUCGAUUUGUAUAAAGCAAAUGAUAUUCCAACUGUUGAACAGGAAAUUCAUCAUCGAAUCAAUUCUUCCGGUGCAUUAAAACCAGAAGCAAAAAAAUGGUUUAUGGAUUUGCUUAAUGUUGAUCCAAACAAACGUAUCAGAUUCGAUGACAUUGUUAAUGAUCCAUGGUUUCGAUCGGAGAUUAAUUAAUUAAAUUGAAAAAAAAAAAUUAAAUGAAUGUGAA